AUGAUCUGCUUCUUCCAUUCUGCUGUAAGGAAUAUUGCUCUGGUGCUCGGUGUAAUCUAUGAGAGAACUGGAGACUGGCCUGGGGACUAUGAGGAUCAAUUGGCAUGGCGAGGAGCUAUGAUUCAAGAAGCUAAGAGUCAUGGAAUUGUUUUCAAGGACGCGCCAUACACGAUCAGCACCCGUCUUGAGGAGGACGGCCUAAGCGGCCCUCAAAACGGCAAGGGCUACUCUAAGUGGAAGAACUUCAACUGGGUGAAGGAGGUGAGUUGA